AUGAAUUAGAUCAUCGAUAAAAAAGAAAGUACUAAGCUUGAUUCAAUAAUGAUCAUUAAAAAUUUGGAAUACCUUAAAGAUCAUUUGGUUAUGGAUAAUAUAGAUAAAAUAAGUCAAGAUGUGGAGUUGGAGGAAGAUUUAGAUAAAACUAUACUAAUCUGUAAUUCAGAUUACGAUUAUUGA